GCCGCCAUCUUGUGGGAGGGCAGAGGCGAAGGGCAGAGCGCGGCGGGGUCGGCGGCGGCCCAGGGGCUCCGGGGUCUGCAGCAUCUGCUGGGUUGGGGAACUGUCCGGUGUGGGCUGCCUUUGGGGGGAGGCAGAAGGACAAGCAGCCAUGGCUGGCCAUGACUCGGGAUCUCAACACCAGUUCACUGGAUUUCAGAAGUACUUCAAUUCCUAUACCAUGAUAGGCAGGAGGAAUUAUGUAAUAGCAACAUACGCAAGUGUUGCACUCCUUGUCUUGUAUUUCAAGUUUAGGCCUAAAAAGCAAACUCCUGCUGUGACAGAUAAGUAAAAGGUUCCUGGCAUGUCUGCACCUCCAGUCUGUGUCAAUGUAAUGCAAGCUGAUGACCUGUUGUGGCUAAUAAAGGAUAAAUAAUUACUUCUUUUAUUGGAAGUAUGAAAUUGUCCAAAAAAGCUAAAGUGUGGUACUUCUCAUUUUUCCUCCUUUGUCAAAAAUAGUUGCUUGUAGCAGAGCUGGAGCAUCUGAUCCUGUCAUUAUCUUAACUCUGCCCAUUCAUAAACAGUGACCCACACAGUCCAGUGCUUACUUUUCCUGUCUCUUGUGAAGGGAGGUGCUCUACCACAGUUAGGUGUGUGCAGCCUCCUCCCUGCCCAACACUAAAAUCUGUUUAUCAGAUUCUCCACAAUGUCUUUGUAGCUCACUUAACACUUGGUAUCUUUGUUAUGUGGCACAGUAGUGCUGAUGUGGCUUCUGCAGUUGAACCAUGCUAAAGCUUGCAAAUACCCUUCCCAAACUGCGGGCAGCAGGAGGUAGGAAUGAUUGCUGGAAAAAAUGGAAAAGUCAAUUACAGGUCUUGAUGCUCUACUUCGUUUUUUCUUGAAGCCAUUUUUGUACAUGCUGAACAGUUUGGGCCUGCUGAACAAAUCUGGUCAUCUUUGCCUCCUGAGUGUUUGCAUAGAUGGCUUCAGCUGUAGUUAAUCCCACCACUGAAGAAUGGUGUUUGUAAAUGUAAUAAUCUGAGAAGCGAGAACCAGUCGCCUUCCUUCAGAACAAGAUGUACAGGGAAUGGUUACUCAUCAACUUUAGCAUGUCUGAUUACUUUGUUUCUCUUAGCAGAGUUGUCACAGUUACAAACUGCUCUUGCUUCCAUUGCAGCCAUUCAAGGAAUAUCUUCUUGUAACAUACAGACACAAACUAUGUGGUUUUAGUAUUUAUUAUAAUAUCAAAAGUAUAAAACUGUACAAAACGCAAAGGCAGAAUGUGGCAGUGUUUUCUUUAUGCUAUCAGAAAUUGUACUUAAAACUAACUGGUCAUAUUGAGAACUAGGAGAUGUUUGUUGAGGUAUCAUUACACAAAAAAAUAAUUAAGUUUUACCCUUUUUUCUUUGAAGAAAAUGUCUAGGUGUCCUAGUGAAUUUUCCAUACUUUAUUUUGAUGUAUAAUGCCUGUAGUAUAUCUUUACUCUUAAGAGUUAGAGCAAGACAGAUGAAAGAGGAGGUAGUUCUCCAUUUACUUGACCUCAGAAAUGACAAGUCUUGUUUUUAUUUUCACUGGAGAGCCCAUAGAUUGCUCAAGUGUCCAAGUCCUUACUGUGAAAUAAUAAAGAACACGAAACAGA